AUGGUGGUGGCGCGAAUCAGGGCUUUGGGUGGUCGUCUAGGCCCACGGAUCGCCGCGAAGGUCACACAGCCAGGCAGUCGUCGCGCAGCCAUGCUCGGGAACACCCUCAUCCUAUGUCUCCUCCUUGGUCCAUCAUCUGUACUCGCUAUCGGAGAGAAUGCGAUGGAUCUCAAUACAAUCACAGGUAUCAUCGGUGGUAUCGGACGAAUGCUGGAAACGAGUGUUGACACUAUUAAUGUACCGUCCGAGUUAAUAAUGGGGCGGUGGUUCCAGAUGUACAAAGCAGCCAUCAAUUUCGACGUUUUUCGAACGCAAAUGUUUUGCCCAGUUGCCUACUUUUCACCUAACCCAAUUAUGGGAGAAGAUGGUUUUUCAAUGGAAGAGGCAUAUAGAACAAUGUCAAAAGCUGGGCCAAUUGAGACUUACAAGAGAGAUAUGAACAAAGUUGGGCCCGGCCAAUACUGGAUGUAUACCGAAGAAUACUUUUAUCCAAGACAAUUCUACAUCAUCGCCGCUGGUCCUGCAUUUGACAAUGAAACCAGGAAAGCUGACGAACCUCUCCAGUACAUAGUUGUAACUGACGCCAAUCGCCUCUCUCUCAUGGUUUACUCACGGGAUCCACAUAUUUUCUUCCAGAAGUACAACAAAGAUGUGUUGGAGUUCAUGGAGAAGAAAGGAUUUGGAGGACGGGUAUUCUGGAACAGCCCUCGUCCAAUUUAUCAGGGACCAGAUUGCGAAUGGCCUUCAGAGAAGGAAGUCUUUGCACGACGAGUGCUGAAGAAUCAAGAACUGGCUGAGCGAAGUAAAAACGGAACAGCCGAACCAGCGAUGUCAGGCAUGCCUUUGGCGGACAUGUUGCGUGAUCCUAAGAAGACUCUCGAGCGGCUGGUCGGCACUCAAGGUCACUGA